UUUGUCAGAUUCCCUAGACAUAAGCAAGCAGUUAAAGUGUUACUAAACCCAGGACCCUGCAUUCACUAUAUCUGGUCUCCCACAAACCCUGCAUUCACUAUAUCUGGUCUCCCCGGACCCUGCAUUCACUAUAUCUGGUCUCUCCGGACCCUGCAUUCACUAUAUCUGAUCUCCCCGGACUCUGCAUUCACUAUAUCUGAUCUCCCCCGGACCCUGCAUUCACUAUAUCUGAUCUCCCCGGACCCUGCAUUCACUAUAUCUGAUCUCCCCGGACCCUGCAUUCACUAUAUCUGAUCUCCCCGGACUCUGCAUUCACUAUAUCUGAUCUCCCCGGACUCUGCAUUCACUAUAUCUGAUCUCCCCGGAUCCUGCAUUCACUAUAUCUGAUCUCCCCGGACCCUGCAUUCACUAUAUCUGAUCUCCCCGGACCCUGCAUUCACUAUAUCUGAUCUCCCCGGACCCUGCAUUCACUAUAUCUGGUCUCCCCGGACCCUGCAUUCACUAUAUCUGUCUCCCCGGACCCUGCAUUCACUAUAUCUGGUCUCCCCGGACCCUGCAUUCACUAUAUCUGAUCUCCCCGGACCCUGCAUUCACUAUAUCUGAUCUCCCGGACCCUGCAUUCACUAUAUCUGAUCUCCCCGGACCCUGCAUUCACU